GCGUCAAUUUAAUUAUGACAAUGAUGCCGAGGUCUGCCUGGCCACUAGAUACGCACCGGCAUGUUCUGAUCAACGGUAGCUGCGGCAUGCACUAUCUCAUUAUCAACUCACAAACUGACACACUUGUCAAAUUGCAAUACAGUAUUCACAAGCAACUGAUUGAUGUCAACAGCGCGUCACUCUACACAAAUUGCGGCAGUGUUUGGGAGAACAGCUGUCUUUCAGACCAUAAACAGUAUGCUGCUUAACUUGGCUGUCUUUCCUGGACAAAAUUUUGGGCCAGGAUUUUUUCCUCCUGUUGAAGCUCGUGGCCGAGACCUCCUACUGCUGUGCGCACGAUGUUUCCUUGGGUACCACGCAGAUCACCGGUGCCGCCAUCGCUCAAUCUUGAGAGCAAACUCUUUGCCGUGGUACCUUGACUUUCUCCACAGCCUGCGGCUCUGUUCCUUGCUCUUCUUCCAUAUAUUGGCAAUCCUCCAGGGUUCGAAGGACUUCGAUCUGAAAUGUAUCAUGUUGCUUUCUGGUUCUGGGGUCGGAGAAUAGGUCGUGUUACUGUUCCAAGACUGUUGUCCUCGAGCCAUUUCUCGAAAGCGGCCCGCCCUUGGCGAUUAAGGAGUUCCACAGCAGCUUGCCGGAUCCUGGCGAGAGGCACACUCUAUGGGCAGUAUGUUACGACAACAAGAGAUGUUCUGAUUCUGACGUUAUGGUCG